UUCCGAAUUAGUACGAUCUCGUCGUUUGAUUAUAGCGUACCGGACGCAGAAUCAAGUUAGCGCCGUGGCCAUAAGCGUAUACGCAAAAAUAAUAAUUCCUAAAUAAAAUAUUAAAUAACUAUGACGGCAGUAAAAAGUGAAGAAAGUGACAAUAAAAGUGAUAUUUUUACAAAAAUUGAACGUUUUGGAAGAUAUCAGACUGUACAAUACAUUUUUGUUUGUUUAACUUUAUUUAUGAUUUCUAUGACACACGUGAAUUACGUGUUUGUGGCCGAAAAUGUUAAUUACAGAUGUCGUGUCCCCGAAUGCGAACAAGAGAAUCAAAAGAUGGAAAUACCCACAUGGUGGCCAGAAGACAUCGAUCAUAAGUGCUACAAACCCAUACUAAACACCAAAAAAAUGGCUCUGUUCAAUGGAACUUGUUCCAAUUCUUCCUUCAGUGGAGUAAUAGAAGAGUGUCAGCAUUGGAUCUACGAAAACAACAAUUCUAUAGUAGCUGAGUUAAACUUGGCGUGCCAGCCGUGGAAGGUUAAUUUAGUAGGAGGCAUCCACAAUGCAGGGAUGAUAGUAUCCAUGAUAUUCACUGGAUUGAUAGCUGACAAAAUCGGAAGAAAACCAACCUUCAUAGUUUGCGCCGUUGGUGCAAGUAUUGGAGUUUUUAAAAUAUUCAUGACCAACUAUUAUUGGUACCUGGCGUUAGAAUUUUUAGAAUCUGUUUUGGGAUCUGGUCUUUACACAGUGGGAGUAGUCUUGUUAAUCGAAGUAGGAGGAAGUUCCAAAAGAGUACUAGCAGGCAUCAUUUUUUCCUAUGCCGUUUACAUUGGUGAAAUAGUAUUCGCAUUCCUAGCAAUGAGCCUUCAAUAUUGGAAAUGGUUGAUACUGGUGGUCUAUGCACCAAUGUUGCUCUUUAUUCUAUACUUUCUCUGUCUAAGAGAAAGUACAAGAUGGCAAAUGAUUCGCGGCAGACUGCAAGAAGCAAAAGAAACCUUAAAGAUUAUGGUAAGAACGAAUAAAAUCGAUUUAUCAGAGAAAGAAAUAGAAGACGCAAGUGAUGACCAAAUGCGACUGAUGUUCGAUGUAGUAGAACAAAAAGAAAAGGAAGACAUGAAAGUCAUUAUAGGGUCGAAAGAGAUAAUGACUCGUUUGUCAGUUUCGUCAUUCUGCUUUUUCACUUCAAGUUUCCUGUACUAUGGAUCCCUAGUCCACGUAGUUCUGUUACCAGGAAAUAAAUAUACCAAUUUUAUUCUAUCUGCAUUUACGGCGUUCCCAGGAGAAAUGGUAGCUUAUUACACGUUUAACAAGUAUGGAAGAAGAAUAACUUUGCAAUGUGGUUAUUUGCUUUCUGCAGUAUUUCUUAUUGCUCAGAAUUACUGCCCAUCUUCACUAUCUUGGUUGAAGGUGAUACUAUUCUUGAUCGGAAAACUUGGAGUCGUGAUCUGUUUCACUGGAAUUUACACCUACAGUCUGGAAUUAUUCCCUACCAGUGUCAGAGGGACUUUAUUAGGCUGGGGGAACACAGCUGCCAGGAUUGGGAGUAUGUUAGCGCCUUUAACACCUUUAUUGAUUACUGAAAUACCAGCACUUCCAUCGUUCCUGUUUUCAUCAUGUGCAGUGAUGGCUGCGCUUCUGUUAACAUUCACGCCGGAGACCAAAAACUUGCCUAUGUUUGACACAGUUGCUCAAGUUGAUUCCUACAAAACUUCACAGUUCAAAGAAGAAAACGUGGAAACAGUAACGGUGCCAAAUAUAAUAUCUACGAAAUUAUAAAAAUAACGAAUGGUACUUAUUUAAACUAUACG